GCAAGUUCUAAAUAUGUACUUUAAUAAAAAACUGCACUGAACUGAACUAGUUAGUAACGCCAUUUAGCGUAAACAGUGCCAACUAUUUUUUACUACAAACUUGGUCGUUUUGCCAACGAUGGCGCCACCAGUGUUAAAACCCGCUCACUGAGCGGCUCACCGAGCGGUGGCCUUUCCGGAUGCACCCAGUGUGUCACGUUCAAUUUGGAGGGCGCAUCCUCUGACAGUGGUUCUCAAUGAUAGGUUGAGAUGUUAGCUGCAUUAAUGGUGGACAGAAAAACGACAGUAGCCCGUGCACUGGAAUGACAACAAGUGAUUGAUAUUAUUGACGACGGUAGAAUGUGAGGUGCGAGAGGAAAGAUAUUUCGGCGCGAACGGGAGCGCACUUUGUUGGUAAGUGUAGGAAAAAUUCGCUACGAAUUGCCGUCGGUGAGUGCAGGUUAUGUGAGCUACGAAACGCGUCGUCAUUAGCCGUUUCCCUCGAAUGCUGGCCAGGAUGGGCCAGGGUACGGACACCUGCACGGACAGACCUACCGAAGUCAGCGUCAUUAGAUUUGUAUCGAGGAACCGCACCAUCGAGGAAAUCGCCCCAAAAAAGGAAAUAUAUACUUGCAAACAACGAGGUUGCGGUAAAGUAUUCACUAAUCAAGAUGAAUACAAAACACACGAGGCUCUUGAAGCCUUAAAAAUUAGGUUUAUCUGUCGGGAACCGGGAUGCGGAGAGGAAUUGUCAGAUCCUGGAAGUAUGUGGCGUCAUUAUCAAGAGUGGCAUAAUAACGAAACAAAUGUAUUUAUAUGUCCGUACACAAACUGUGGAUCUUUACAUUCAACCAGUAGUAAUCUAGAAGAACAUAUCGAAAGCUGCCACAGACAACCGCCAACACUGCCAACUGAACCAGAAGUAAUAUGUUUUGAAGACCUUGAAAAUGCAAUGGACGAAGAAGUCGUACAGAGUACAGAAGAUUGCUAUGAAAAGAGAACGAGCGAAACAUUUGCAAUUACGGGACACCAGUACGACGAUAGUAACGAGCAAAGUAUUCGUAGAAGCGACAUUAUACAACAACAAGAAAAGGAGGUCCCUCACGAUCGGAAUAUUCCAAACGAUAACUCGAACAAGGAAGACUAUUCUUCUACUGGCGAAUCCUUGAAAGAAUCCGAUGGAUAUCCUAUAACUGAAAAUCUAAUUUUAAAUACAGAAAAUUUUCUAUCCAAGUACGAAGGCAAUAUGAACAAAUGUUCAGAACUACAAGUAGAACAUUCCCAAGAAAAAAGUAACGUAGUUUACGUGAAUGGUGAUAUUACCAUUACAAAGAAUUCAAAGAACGAGGUGUGUAAUAUAAAUUCCAGGAAUCAAGACCACAGAAUAGAAUUGGAUAAUCUCGAACGAAUCUUCAGAAGCGACCACGAUCGCGAUUCUUCGAAAAAUGAAGAAAAUACCUUGGAAACGAAUAGUAACUGUUCAGACGACGAAGAGUAUACUCCAAAGAAACAACGUAUGUCCAGAUACAAACAAGAAAUCUAUAAGUGUGCCACCAACGGCUGUGGGAGAAAAUAUAAAUACAUAUCCCAUUAUCGUCAUCACCAGGACAGUCAUAAAUUAGUAGCUAAUACAAUUAAUUCAAAUUCUAGCAAACCGAUAGUCAAACUAAAACAAGGGAAAGCUUCGACUGUCAGUUUUUUCUUAUGCAAGAUUCCUGGCUGUGGAGCACAAGUGAGUAAUGUGACUGGUCUAUGGAAACAUUACCAGGACAAUCAUGCUAAUUCAAAACUGCCAGUAGUACAAGGAACUAAAAAUAACGAAGUAUUUCGAUGCAAAAUUCCAGGAUGUGAAACAGAGUUCAGUACAACGGUAAUGUUAUAUAAACACUUCAGUGAAGUGCACUCAAAUGGUACUGGCAAUAAUGCUAGCACAAAUACAAAGACUGGAAAUGGGAGUAGUUUUCAUUAUACUGAAAUGUUCAAAGAUGAUGCUACCAGCCCGCAAGUAAACUUUAAGACUGACUUUAAGGCAAAGCAUAAUAUUAAUGUAAAUGAUUGUACGAAAAAUACUGAUGAACAAAGAUUAUCGUCAGUCGUUAAAAAGGAAAUUCGAGAUUGA